AUGGGAAGGCAAUUGAUACAUGAUUUGGGAUCAGGCUCUUCAAAUGAUCUGGGUUCAGUAGAGCAGUUUAGGCCUCGUACUUUAGCUCGGCGGCUAACUGGAUUUUUACCACGUGAGAUAAAAGCAAUCGAUGCAAAGAUUCCACUAGAGUCAAGAGAGCUAUGGAAACGUCAUGAGGUGAAGAAGUUUACUGAUAAGGAUGGGUUCCAGGCUAAAUUUAUUCAGCAUGUUGAGACAACUUUGGCAAGGUCGCUAUAUAAUUGUGACGAAUUAGCAGCCUAUGAGGCUAUGUCGGAGGCUGUGCGUGAUAAUCUUGUUAUUGAUUGGAAUAAGACGCAGCAACGUGUUACUGCUCGGGAUCCAAAGCGUAUUUACUACUUAUCAUUGGAAUUUUUGAUGGGUCGCGCUUUGGACAAUGCGUUGAUAAACCUCAAUACCGAUGAUUGUGAUGAUCCUACGUCACGGGAGAUGGUUGAGGGCGCUUUAAAACAGCUUGGGUUCCGUAUGGAGGACGUUUUGGAACAGGAGCCGGAUGCUGGGUUGGGCAAUGGUGGAUUGGGACGUCUAGCGGCAUGUUUUAUGGACUCCCUGGCCACUGGGGAUUAUCCAGCUUGGGGUUACGGCUUAAGGUACCAGUAUGGUAUUUUCGCCCAGAAAAUCAUUGAUGGGCACCAAGUGGAGACCCCUGACUAUUGGUUGAACAUAAGGAAUCCUUGGGAAAUUGAGCGGUCUGAAAUCCAAGUACCUGUUAGUUACUACGGCCACGUCGAGCGCCCCCAAGGGGCUUCUACUUUGUCGCCAUGUGACUGGAUAGGAGGCGAGCAAGUUUUGGCUGUCCCAUACGAUAUGCCGGUUCCUGGGUUUAAAACAUCAACCGUGAAUAACUUGCGUAUGUGGUCUGCGAAACCCACCACGGAGUUUGACUUUUCCAAGUUUAAUGCGGGUGAUUACUCGAAUUCAGUUGCUGAUCAACAGCGCGCUGAAUCUAUUACUGCAGUGCUUUAUCCAAAUGAUAACUUCCGGAGUGGAAAGGAGCUUCGUCUCAAGCAGCAAUAUUUCUGGUGUUGUGCUUCGUUGCAUGAUAUCGUGAGGAGGUUCAAAAAGUCUUCAGGUGAUUGGACAAACUUCCCAGAUCGUGUUGCAAUCCAACUUAACGAUACUCAUCCUACUUUGGCAAUUCUUGAAUUGCAAAGAAUCUUGGUUGACUUGGAGAGGCUUGAUUGGCACGCCGCUUGGUCAAUUGUGACUAGGACGUUCUCUUACACCAACCACACAGUUAUGCAAGAGGCACUUGAGAAAUGGCCUGUUAGUCUAUUUGGUCACUUAUUACCACGUCACUUGGAAAUAGUGUAUGAUAUAAACUGGUUUUUCUUGAAGGAUGUUGAAAGGAAAUUUCCUAGAGAUUUGGAAUUGUUAUCCCGUGUGUCUAUCAUUGAGGAUGGUCAAGAAAGUCAGAUUCGCAUGGCAUACAUCGCGGUUGUUGGUUCCCACAAGGUGAACGGUGUUGCAGAAUUGCAUUCAGAGUUGAUAAAAACCAAUCUUUUCCAAGAUUUUGUAGAUAUCUAUGGCCUAGGGAAGUUUACGAAUGUUACUAACGGUAUUACUCCCCGUCGUUGGUUAAAACAAGCAAACCCUCGUCUAGCACAACUUAUCGCUGAAAAGCUAAAUGAUCCUCAAGAUCAAUACUUAUUGGAUAUGUCUCGUUUAACCGAACUUGCAACGUUCGCUGAUGAUCCUAUUUUCCAGCAGCAAUGGGAAGAAGUCAAACUUUACAACAAGAUGCGUCUCGCUGACUUGUUGCAUCGCUUAAAUGACGGAGUUGAUGUUAUCGACCGCGACUAUUUGAAUGAAACAUUAUUUGAUAUCCAAGUAAAGCGUAUUCAUGAAUACAAGCGCCAGCAGUUGAACAUUUUUGGAGUCAUACAUCGUUAUUUGUCCAUGAAGGACAUGCUUUCAAAUGGCGCACCAUUUGUAAAAGUUGCUAACAAGUUCCCACGCAAGGUCUCUAUUUUUGGCGGCAAAGCUGCACCAGGUUACUUCAUGGCUAAGCUAAUUAUUAGAUUAAUCAAUGCGGUUGCUGAUGUAAUUAACAAUGAUCCCGACAUUGAGGACUUACUAAAAGUGGUGUUCAUUCCAGACUACAAUGUUUCUAAAGCUGAGGUUAUCAUCCCAGCUUGUGAUAUCAGUGAACACAUUUCUACCGCAGGAACUGAAGCAUCUGGUACAUCGAACAUGAAGUUCGUUAUGAAUGGUGGUUUAAUUAUCGGUACUGUUGACGGUGCUAACGUUGAAAUUACUAGAGAAAUUGGAGAGGAAAAUAUAUUCCUCUUUGGUACUCUAGCUGAGCAUGUCGAAGAAUUGCGCUUCAAGCAUCGUUUCCACAACAAGCCCUUGCCAUCGUCUUUGACAAAGGUCUUUGCUGCACUCGAGGCUGGUGUCUUUUCUACUGAAAAUAACGCCGAGUUCCAACCUUUAGUAGACGCCACCAGAAGGCACGGAGAUCACUACCUUGUGAGUGACGACUUUGAUUCAUACAUUGCUGCACAGUCUCUUGUUGACAGAUGUUUCCACAGAGAUAGAUCUUCUUGGCUACGUAAAUCAAUCCUAUCGGUUGCUAACGUGGGUUAUUUUAGCAGUGAUAGGUGUGUAGAAGAAUACGCAGAAACCAUUUGGAAUGUUGAGCCUGUGAAAAAAGAUUGA